AAGCCUACAUCAUAUUUUCGUAGUGUAAUCACGAUAAAUUGGACAGCAAAUCAUGGUUGACAAUAGGCUAAAUACAACGAAGACAAUAAGAAAGUAAAAAACAAGCCGAGAAAAACAAAAUCCAAAAUAAGUUAUAACAAAAUAAUCAAUGAUUACAACGGAUUAGCCUUGUCAAGUCUAAGUCAAAAGCUUUAGCACCAUAAUGCCAACAAAUAUCUACCACGAGAAACAAACCCGUCAGUUGUGCGCGCUUCAUACACUUAAUAAUCUUUUCCAAGGCCAACAAUCUUACACAAAAGAGCAGUUAGAUCAAAUAUGUAACGAUCUAAGUCCUAAUGUUUGGAUCAACCCGCAUCGUUCACCAUUAGGUUUGGGAAAUUACGAUAUUAAUGUUAUAAUGACAGCCCUGCAAAUGCGUAAUUGUGAAGCUAUCUGGUUCGAUAAACGCAAAGAUCCGUCCUGCAUUAAUUUAAAUGCCAUCGUCGGCUUUAUUCUUAACGUGCCUUCGGACUACAAGUUCGCAUUUGUCACAUUGCCGCUGCAGAAACGCCACUGGAUAGCAAUACGUCGCAUUGAUGGCAAAUAUUACAACUUGGAUUCGAAAUUGCGGGAACCGGAUUGUAUUGGCGACGAGACUGCCUUACUAUCCUAUUUGCGUUCACAGUUAGAAACAAAUAAACGGGAAUUGUUCGUAAUUGUGGAAAAGACGAUGGCAAAUGGUGAACAGCAUCAUCCGAAUUGGAUUAAAGGCGAAACAAAUGGUACAUAUCAAAGCAAUAGGAAUGGGUCUGAUUGCACAACCUGAGUGCAGAAUAACAAAGCAGUUUAUAAGCUCUCUAGUCAUUUUUUCGUUUAAGUAAAAAUGAUAUAACUCAAAAUGUGAACGACUUUCGUUAAAUUCCAAAUAUUCACAUAAUGCUUGAAUACUAUUUUUUCAAUAUAGUUCUUAAGAUUAUUAAAGAACAGAGCUGUUAAUUGGUAUGUUACAGAUUCGCUAAUAUAUACUGUACAAGUGUGAAACACAUGCGCAAAUCAGUUUACAAAUGCUCAGUACGGCAUAUUUGGUUAAAAACUCUUAUUCAAUAAUGAAUUUAAACUAUAGUGUGUAUAUAAAUUUGUAUGUAAAAACUUUAUUAGGUUCUGUAAAAAUUAUACAUAAAAGACAUAAUUUACGAAUAAAACAUACUAUAAAAUACAUUUCGUGUAAGUCAAAA